UUUACUGAUCUUUCUGGGAAUCGGAGUCCUCGGCUGCCAUGCGGACUGUAAAAUGUGCUCCACGUUCUCCGGAGUGGCCUACGAGUCCCUGAGAGAGUUCCGAUUCUGCUCCUCCGCAGCCGUGCCCAUGGGAUCUGUGUUCUCCUGUCCCAAGGGAUACUACUGCACAGCCAACCCCGUUACUUGUAGCAAAAAUGCAACCUUUGCCGCAUGUACAGGAUGCAAUAGGUGCAGCUCUGACCAUCGCUUCGCCUGCACCAGUCGAAAUACUUACUCCGUGUGCAUGGAAAGCGAAACUCCUAUUUCCUCGAUUUGCGGAACUUGUUUUGGUGAUUACGUGUGUAAUCUUGAAAACCCAAAUAUUUGCGGAAGUCCUUGGUUGUGGAAAGCAUCCUGCAAUGGAGGGGAUACAGAAACCUGUGCAACUGUCGAUAGUUCAACGGAAUAUUGUCGCUCUAUAAGACGAUCUGGGAGGUAUCCUUAUGUGGAGGAGUCAUCUGUCUCCCUUAAAAGAUAUGUUUAUUGUUAUUUUUCCGGAAAGCAAUACUACGGCAAGGUAUACUCAUGCCCCGGAUCGACCUUCUUCGAUAGCUCUACCCAAUCUUGCACCACCCAAAAGGAUCCCACAUCAUAUGCUAUUUUAAACGACAAAUUACUACUGUGAACAGGAAGAUGUUAUAUAUAUAAAAUAAAGUAGUUGCGUUAUUUGGAAAAUUA